UUUAUAACUGUUAUUUAUCUAAAAGAUGUGAUGAAUGCGUUUCUUAUCAACUGAUCUGUCAGAUUGUGUUACAAACACUAAGAGAACGUUGUCAAUUUUGUCAUCUGAAACAGUGUGUCAUGUGGCGUGUGCCUUGAAGUGUAAAUCAAGUUGUAUUUUUAUAUAUCACGUACAAUUUGAAUGCACAUGAUUCGGAGAAAAUGACUCUAACGGGAUGGCGGCGUUUUUUGAACAAAGGGAUGGUAGUACCCCAGCGCUAUGUCCUGGGUAUCAUGGGACUAUUUGCGCUGGGCAACUCCUUCACAAUGAGGGUCUGCCUUAGCAUGACUAUCACACAAAUGGUCCUACACGCGGAGACAAGUGAACAUAUCAUUGGAGAAACCUGUCCAGAUCCGAAUGGAGUCAUCUCUAAUUCCACUGAUGAUGAAAAUAAUACUGUAUCUGUGAUAUUUACGGGCCGAGAUCGUUAUGAUUGGGAUGAAGCAACGCAAGGGUUCCUCCUUAGCGCAUUUUAUUAUGGCUAUGUGGCCACCCAUUUACCUGGUGGACUGCUGGCUGAGAAGUUUGGAGGAAAAUGGACUGUUGGCUUAGGUCUUUUGGUGACUUCUGUAGCUACUGUUCUUACUCCUUGGGCAGUGACAGUCGGUGGAGCAGUUGGACUGUUCAUCAUCAGGGUCAUUGAAGGUUUUGGAGAGGGUCCAGUAACGCCAGCAUUUGUCCUUCUACUUGCAAGAUGGGUCCCACCAGCAGAGCGUUCACGUUUUGGCGCAAUGAUAUUCGGAGGGGCCCAAGUUGGAAAUAUUUUUGGCCCCUACAUUUCUGGAAUCCUUUUAGCAGAUGGCGGAGACUGGGCCAAUGUAUUUUAUGUCUUUGGCGGACUUGGAAUUAUAUGGUUCAUAUUCUGGGUCCUCCUAUGCUACAGUACUCCAAAUUCCCAUCCAUUUAUCUCUGAGGAAGAAAAGAACUUUUUGAACAAAAAUAUAACAGCCUCUGGUUUACAUAAGAAGCUGGACCCAGUACCUUUCAAGGCACUCUUGCGAUCUGGGCCACUAUGGGUCUUGGUUAUGGCUGCAAUUGGCCACGACUGGGGAUACUUCACGAUGAUUACGGACCUUCCAAAAUAUUUCUCCGAUGUGCUGAAAUUCAAUAUCAAAGAGACGGGCUUGAUGUCGGCGUUGCCCUACAUAGCUAUGUAUAUUUUCUCCUUCAUAUUUGCCGGGCUAUGUGACUUAUGCGUUAAGAAGAAAUGGCAUAGUAUUGGCACGGGCAGGAAGAUCUACACAACUAUAUCGUCUUCCGUGCCGGCAAUCUUCAUUAUUCUGGCCUCGUACUCCGGCUGCAAUCGACUUGCGGCCGUCGGCUUAUUCAUAGCCUCGAUGGCGUUCAUGGGGGGUUUCUACAGCAGUGUCAAGAUCAAUGCUAUGGAUAUUGCUCCCAACUAUGCUGGCACUUGCUCCGCCUUCGUCAAUGGGAUUGCUGCCAUUUCUGGCAUCAUUACACCGUAUUUGAUUGGAUUGUUGACACCAGAUCAAACGGUUGGACAGUGGCGCGUAGCAUUUUGGACCGUAUUCGCAGUAUUAGUAGGAACCAAUGCCGUUUACCUCAUUUGGGGUUCUGGAGAGCCACAAUGGUGGGAUGACGUGGAUAAGUACGGAUACCCCCCUAAUUGGAAACAUGGACCGUUGAAGAAAAGGGCAAUAGACGGAGAGAAAAAAGUUGUUUACCCCAAACAUGACCACUCGCCUGUAUCAAAUGAUUAAUUAGAAAUAAAAUAUUUAUAAUUUUUUAA